CUUCCUUCAUCGUGUCACGGAUUUGUGAGGUGUAGAUGAGAGAGAGAGAGAGAGUGAGAGAGAGAGCAGCAGCCAUGGCGCAUGCAUACACCUUCCGUCCUUCCGCGUACUCCAUCUUCGGUCACUCAUAACUUCUUACCCGACCCGAAUCACACUCAAGAGUUGCUUCCCAGCUGUCAUCCCCCCUUCAUGGAAUUACUCAAGACGAGUCCAUCACGCGGCGCGCUCUUUCUCCCCGCACCCCCCACUUUCGCUCCCUUGGGAUUCCGAUUCGCAUCACGCUCUUCGUCUCGCGUUCUUCGUCAUCCACUGGACUUUCCUUGCGCGCCGCUGCCCUGCCUGAUUCGCCAGUCGCCAGUAACCAGCCUUCCCCACAAAGAGCCCAUCGUUCGACACAACUGAAACCAACUCGCAAGCAUGCUGCGCGUCACCCACCAUACAGCGGCAGGCAGUGUUUCUCUCGCCCCACACAGUACCAGUGCUACUAGAAGUAGGAAUGCUCGCAGCGUCGCCCGCGUCCUUCUCGCAUUCCAUUCUUUCAUUUGUUUUCGCCACCCUCGUCCGUUCGUCCGUUCGUCCGUUUCUCACCCACACGAAGCUGCACGCGGAUUCGCGACGUAGCAGCGCUACUACUACGCGUAGCAGUAGUAGUAGUCAAGUUUAAACUAGUUCCAGUUUAGUUCUAGAAACGACAGCUCGUCGUCUCGUCACGGUGUGCGUUCAGUUCGCGUUCGUCGAUAGCCCGGGUCUUCGUCUAGAGAGAAACAAGCCACGCCUCAAAACGAGCUUAUUAUCACCAAGACUUUCCACAACAUCCACUGGCAGAGACUUUUCGCGGCUGUGGAUGUGAUUCCGUGCCACCUCCCUCUCUUUCCGCGGCAUCCUUUCGUCAGCCUCCUCGACCCGCAAAGGCCCUUACUAAUGGAGCGGCUCGGCGUGACGAUGACAGCGCGCCGAUUCCCGCUGCUGGGCGGGCGCGAGUCGUCAUCAUGCCCGUGGGUGGAAGGGGACGAGGAAGGGGAGCGGUGGGAGGAAGGUGAGUUGCUUGACGUCAGCUACUCACAAGAUGAUGACGACAGCAGCAUCGUCGCCGGUAGCGAUCGCCUCGCCGUCGAUCCUGCCACGUCAGCGGCUUCCAUCGCAGCGGCGUUUUACGCGCGAGAGCAUUUGUUUUCCACCACCGCUGAGGUAUACUCUGCCCCUAGUGCUGCUGCUGCUGCUGCUGCCUCACCAGGAAACUCGAGAAGGCCCUACUCCUUACCACCACCCGCCACUAUUGGCGCUGCCGUAGCCUACGACGCAAUCGCUUCUACGGCCCCGCAAUCGCAAUCGCAAUCGCAAUCUCAAUCGCAAUCGCAUCAAGCCUUUCGACAUACCCUCGCCUCCCCAGGCAGCAUCAGCCGCUCGUUCUCCCUGGCUUCCGCCGUCUCCCCGCACUCGUCCGCCAUUUCCCCGCGCUCCACCGCCUUCUCCUCCCCGCGCGAGUCAGCCUCCGCCUUUUCCGCGAGCGCUAAUGGCCUUUCCCCGCGCGGGUCCGCCUCUCUGCCGCGCGUGGCGUCGUCCUCCCCCCGCGGGGGUGCCUCGAGCCCGUCCGCCCGCGCUAUAUCCCGCGAGUACGUGGCGCAACCCGUACGGGGGAGAGGCGAGUACAGAAAUCGGGACGACAGGGAGCAGCGGAAGGAGAGGGAGGAGAGGGGAGAAAGUCCUUUCAGCCCACGGCAGCAGUUCUGCGGAAGACGCGAUAGCCAGCCGCACAGAGAGCACGGCGUGCAGCACAGGCAGCAGCACACGCAGCAGCACAGGCAGCAGCACAGGCAGCAGCACAGACAGCAGCGCACGCAGCAGCACACGCAGCAGCACACGCAGCAGCACACGCAGCAGCACACGCAGCAGCACACGCAGCAGCACACGCAGCAGCACACGCAGCAGCACACGCAGCAGCACACGCAGCAGCACACGCAGCAGCACACGCAGCAGCACACGCAGCAGCACACGCAGCAGCACACGCAGCAGCACACGCAGCAGCACACGCAGCAGCACACGCAGCAGCACACGCAGCAGCACACGCAGCAGCACACGCAGCAGCACACGCAGCAGCCACAGCAGCCACGCAGCCACACGCAGCAGCACACGCAGCAGCACACGCCAGCAGCACACCGCCAGCAGCACACGCAGCAGCACACGCAGCAGCACACGCAGCAGCACACGCAGCAGCACACGCAGCAGCACACGCAGCAGCACACGCAGCAGCACACGCAGCAGCACACGCAGCAGCACACGCAGCAGCACACGCAGCAGCACACGCAGCAGCACACGCAGCAGCACACGCAGCAGCACACGCAGCAGCACACGCAGCAGCACACGCAGCAGCACACGCAGCAGCACACGCAGCAGCACAGGCCUGGAUCUGACGCGGGACGUGCCUGCAGCGAGGCCAGCCCGUGCAGCAGACCCGACUGCGCCUCGUGCGGUCCGGUGCUCUUGGAGAUUCGCCCCGAGUCCGCUUCUUACACUGUGACUCGUGCUACUGGUAGCUAUGCUGCUGACGUGUCUUUGGCGGGCGUGGGCGUGGCGCGACGCAGCAGCAGCCAUGCCAGCAGCAGCAGCAGCGGCCGCAGUGGGAGUGCGUAUGCAGGUGCUGCUGGCGCCCGUGGUGGUGGUGGGGGUGGGGUUGCUGCUGCUUCUGUUGACGUUGUUGCAGCACCAGCAGCUGUUGCUGCUGCUAAUGCUGAAGCCGCAGCCGCAGCCGCAGCCACAGCUGAUGCUGAUGCUGUUUCAGCAGCGGCUGGGUUCGGCAUCAGCGACUUCGGGAGAGGCAUGAUGGGAUAUGGAGAAAGCAGCGCGGAUGGUAGUGGUGGUGUCGGUGGAGAGGGGGGUGGCAUGGGGUGGUUAGGGACAGGGGAGAGCCAGAUGGUUGCCGCGGAGAUGCACUGGCAGAUGCUUCGACAGCACAAGUGGCAGCUGUACCAGGCACAGAGGGGGCAGCAGAGGGAACAGGAGAGGGAGCAGCAGAGGGAGGAGGAGAGGGAGGAUGAUAGGGAGCAGAAGGAAUGGGAGCAGAGGCAGGGAUGGGAGGAGGAAGGCAGUUACGGAGGAGAGGCGGACGGAGGCGAGAGAGAGGAGGGGAGGACGGAAGAGCAGCAGCAGCAGCAGGAGCAGGAGCAGGAGCAGGAGCAGGAGCAGGAGCAGGAGCAGGAGCAGGAGCAGGAGCAGGAGGUGGCAGCACCAGUGUCUUGGAUGCAAGGCGACAGUAUGUCACUGCAGGCACUACCUUUUACGCGAGACAUUACCGGAGUAGUGCUUGAGGAGGUAUCGUUCGGAUCAGGCGACGAUUUAAGUGAUUCAACUCAAAGAAUGGCAGGGGCAUGUCCAGAGGACUGGGAACGGGAAGGGGAAGGGGUAGGGGAAAGCGGGAAGGGGAUGGAGAGGGAUGGAGAGAGGAGGGGAGGGUACGGAGAGGGAGAGGGAGAGGGAGAGAGGGGGAGGCAUGGGGAGGGGCUUUGGGGUUUCAGCAGGACGCUUGGACAGGAGGGACUUGAGGAGGAGGAUGGGGAAAGAAGAUAUGGUAGCGGAGACGGGAAGGACCGAAGCAAGGUGGAAGAGGACGGGGAGGGGGGAGGGGAGGAGGAAGUAGAGAUGGGAGGGGAAAGGGAGGAGGAAGGGCAGGUGGAAGAGGAGUAUGAGGAAAGGGAGGAAGCUGGGUCGGAGGAGCAGCAAGGGUGGACCCAGCACAGAGCAGAGAGAGCAGAGAGCCAGCAGCAGGAACGAGCGGACUUAUGGGGGAAUGAGGGGCAGAUCCACGUGCACAUGUCUGUGCCUGAGUUGCUCAAAUCGCCCACCAUCCACCCAACCGCCAAGAAGGCAACAGCUCAAACUGCCUUUCCAUCACUCCCUUGGUCCCCCUCCUCUUCCUCCCAGCACAGCGAGGAUGAUGAUAUUGAUGAUAACGAUAAUAUUGAUGAUAAUAAUGAUGGUGGUGGCCGUGACGGGGGUGGUAACUAUACGCAUCGGCAUGGCAGUCCGUUCCCCGUAGCUGGUGCUCUGCCCCACCGCCUCCCGGCACGAGGCCUCUCCCUCCCUGCCAACAUCCAUCCCAUCCCUCCCAUGUACUCCCCGUUCUUUCGUCCACAAGCCAGCUCCAGAACAACCACUGCCGCCGCCUCUGCUGCUGCUGCUGCUGAUUCUGAUGGUGCUGAUGGUGGUGGUGGUGGUGGUGGUUUUUAUGCUCCUGCCCUUGGCCUCCGGAUCGGAACAGAGGACGACGAUGACUCUUUCCAUAUAGACAGCUUCGGCAGCCGGGGGAGUGACAGUAAAGGGAGCGACAGCAAGGGGAGCAAGGGGAGCAAGGGAAGCAAGGGCAGUGACAGCAAAGGGGCGGAGGGGAAAGGGGGCGAGAAAUGGCUGCCGCUGCUGACCCCUGCGUUUGUGAGGAGCAACAGUGAUGUGGGCAGUCCUGCUGGGAGGAGAGGGGAGGAGAGGAGGAGUGUGUGGGAGGCGGAUAGGAGGAGGGCAGUGUACAGGAGGAGGUUCGAGGAGCAUGGCAUGGGAGGGAGGGGCGCACGGCAGGAGGGACGAGAGGGUGAGGUGGAGACGGGAGAAGGUGGGCUGGAGGGGACGGAGGGUGGGCUGGAGGGGCGGGAUGGUGGGUUGGAGGGGAGGGAUGGUGGGUUGGAGGGGAAUGAAGAGUGGGAAGAACGGCUCAAGGGAGGGGGUAGUGUGCAUGCUUUGUCGAUGGGGGAAGACGAGGAGGAAGUGGGGGAAAGGGAAGAGGAUGAAGGAAUGGAGGAGGAUGAAGAGGCGGAAGAGGAGAAGGAGGAGGAGGAGGGAGAGGAGGAGGAAGAGGAGGAGGAAGAGGAGGAGGAAGAGGAAGAGGAAGAGGAGGAAGAGGAGGAGGAGAACGAGGAGGAGGAGGAGGAGGAGGAGGAGGAGGAGGAGGAGGAGGAAGGGGAGGAGAGCAACGGUGAGUUUGUGAGCGAGGAGAGUAGCAGUUUCUGGACCGAGUCAGAGGGGAGCAGCAUGCACUGGCAUCCUAGCCCCUAUCUUGACUCCCUUGCCGCUCGUUCUGGCCCUGCGUCUGCUGUCCCUGCCCCCACUGGUGCAGACGGUGCUGCAACUAUCACCACAGCUGCUGACUUGACUGCUGUCAAUAGAGCAGGAGUUGCAGGAGCAGCAGCAGCAGGGAGUGCUGCUGCUGUUGCUGCUGCUGCUGCUGCUUCUGCUGCCGCUGCUGCAGGUGCAGCGAGCGCUGGUGGUGGUGGUGGCGGCGUGAGGGCGGUGGGUGUGCUGGGGCAAGGAGAGGUGAUCCAUAGAGUGGUGGUAUCCCCCGCUGUGAUGGACCUGCUGGUACGGACGGCCAGCCAGAGGCAGCAGCAGCUGGAGCAGGUGCAGGUGGAGGGAGUUGGAAUGGGGGAGUGUGCUGGAGAAGGGGAGGGGGUGGGAGAGGGAGAGAGGGAGGGGCAGGGGAAGAGGGGAAGACAGAGGCAGUGGGUUGAGGAGAGGGGAGGGGAGAGGGGAGGGGAGAGGGGAGAGGGGAGAGGAUGGCUGGGAAGGGGAGGAAGCCUGAGGGGGUGUGUUUCGGAGGGAGAGGAGGGGUAUCGCAUGUCGAGGGGGGCUGGAGUGACGACGGGACGACGGUUACAAAUGUGGAGCGGAACAGGGUCGGUGCAGGAAGGAAUGAGACAUGCAAUAGGCAGAGAUGGGAGCACUGGUGAUGGUGGUGAUGGUGCUGAUGGUGCUGAUAGUGCUGAUGGUGGUGAUGGUGCUGAUGGUGCUGAUAGUGCUGAUGGUGCUGAUGGUGCUGAUGGUGCUGAUAGUGCUGAUGGUGCUGAUGGUGGUGAUGGUGAUGACUGUGGUAAUGGUAGAGGGAGAGCAAGUAUGAGUGAGAGUGAGGGUGAGAGUGAGGGCGAGGGUGGGAGUGAGGGUGGGCAGGGAGCGAGAGGGAUGAGAGAUGUGGCUGCGGCGCUUCAGAUGAUGGGGCAGGAGGAGCGAGACGCGGCACAAGGGGCAGCAGAGUGGAGACUGGGUGACCAUGAUCUUGAUGAUGGUGAUUGCGAUGGUGAUGAUGCUGAUGCUGCGGCGGUUGGCACACGCACAGCAGGAGCAUCUGGAGGAGAAAGCGCAGCAGGAGGAACGGGAGUGGGGGUAAAUGUAAAUCUGUCCGGAGAGAGAAAAGUCCAGGGAGAAGUGCAGAUCCCGAUGCAGAAGCAGAAGCAGAUGCCGAUGCCAAUGCCGAUGCCGAUGCCAAUGCCGAUGCCGAUGCCGAUGCCGGAUCUGCAGAUGAAGCGCAUGGGCAGGCGAGACGGCUGGGUGAGUGAAACAGAAGGGGAGGACAGGCAGAGGCAUAGGCAACGGCAAAUGAUACCCAUACCCAUGGGCAGAGACAAUGCAAGUGAGGGAGGUAGAGGAGGUGGAAGAUCCGACGGGUCCUAUACCCCUCCCCACUGGACGGUUUCACGCUCACUCAAGGAAAUCAGUGCUGGAGGCACCCACCUGCUACUACCCCUCCCCCCGGGGAGGCAGCAGCAGCAGCAGCAGCAGCAGGCGCGGGUGCUGCAGCGGGGGCAUUCGUUGGAGGAGAGGGGGCACAUGGGGGGGCUGUCAGUGAUGCGAGUGGCGGGGAUCAGGUGGGGGAGUGGGGCUGCGAGGGAGGGGAAAGGAGAUCCGUGGCCAGCUGCUGGUGCGGCUGGUGCUGCUGGUGCUGCUGGUUGGGCUGGUUCUGCUGCCGCCGGUGCUGCUGCUGGUGAUUUGCACGGUGGUGGUGGGCAGAGUGGGUCUAAGACUGACAGUCCUGGUAACUUGGAGGGCGGAGUGGUGGGUGCUGGAGGCGAAAGGGAGGGGAGAGGUGGGAUUACAGGGGGUGUGGGUGGGGGAAGGGAGGGAGUGAGGGAGAGAGUGGGAAGGAGGGUAGAGUUGGUGGAGGUGGAGGAGGAGGAGGGAGGGGAAAGUGUGUGGGGUGGUAGGUAUGGUGCUGGUUCCGACAGUGGUGAUGAGGGCAGUGCUAGUAGUGGCGAUAGUGGUCCCAUCACUGCAAGUGGUUCACCUAGUGGUGUUGGUGCGUCUGUCGCUCUCAUGCCCGCAGCAGCAGCAGCAGCAGCAGCAGCGUCGUGCUUGUCGCUAGCCAAUAUAGGCAACCUGCUUAUGUCAUCUCCGCAACCUGCUGCUGCUGCUGCUGCUGCCGCUGCCGCUGCUGCUGCUUCUGCUGAACCGCCAUUAUCGUCGUUAUCACAAGCAGCAGCAGCAGCACCAGGAGCAGCAGAAUCAGCAAAAUCAGCAGCAGCGCCCCCUGCAUCACACGACACGUGUGUGUUGCUGCGCGCAGCAGCGCCCCCUGCAUCACACGACACGCGUGUGUUGCUGCGCGCAGCAGCAGGCAGCGGUACCCUCCGACUCUCACCCACCUCAGGCACCUGGCGUCUUCUCCCCGCCUCCUCCUCCUCCACCACCUCCUCUUUCUCCUCUUCGACCCCUUCCUCCUCCUCGCACCAUCCCAUCCGCCGCCUAGCUUCUAUCGGUGUAGACACGCAUGGGAGGGCGGUAGUGUCCCCAACCACUGCAGUCGCAUCCCCCUCUGCUGCUGCUUCUGCUCCUACUUCUGCUGCUGCUGCUUCUGGUGGUGGUGGUACUUCUGCUGCUGUCUCGUCUCGCCUGUUCUCCCCAAUGCGCCCGCCCAUGCCUCGCCCGCCUGUGCUUGGGGCAGCGGCCCUGGGCAGUCUGUCACAGCGCCGACGACUGGUGCUGCAGCAGGAGAGAGGGGAGGGGGGGGAGAAUGGGGAGAGGCAGGAAGAGGAGCGACAGGCAGGUGGUGGUGUUGCCGCUGCUGCUGCUGCUGCUGCUGCUGAGGAUGAUGUUACCGCUGACACUGCCCUUGCAUUUGGAGUGUUAUCGAAGCAUGUACCACCCUUGCAUGCGCCCAAUGCACGUGCUUCUAGUGCGCCUUUCACUGGACGACAUGGCACGGCAGCAGCCGAUGACGACGAUUGCAUGGGCAGCAACAGUGGAAGCAGAGGCAGCACUGCUACGAUUCGCCUCCACGGUUCUGAUCAUGGUUCUGGUCCUGGUGAUGGUCACGGUGCUGAAGACUCUGCUGGUGCUUGGAAUCGUGCUGCUGCUGCCGAUGGUGAAUACGAAGAGGACAGUCGGAGCAUCACCAGCGUCAGCACCAUCAGCAGCAGCAGCAGCUGCUGCAGCAGCCCUGACGCGCGGGUCAUAAGCACCACGCACAGAAAUGCCACCGAAAAGACCACACGCAUAUCCCCCUCUCGCUCCCUCUCCUCCUCUCCUGCUCACUCUCGUUCUCACUCCUCUGCUCAUUCCCCCAGACUCCCGACCUCCAGGCCUGACUAUCUCCCCCCCCUGCGCUCCACCUCCUCUCUCCCGCCCAACCUCCCCUCUUUCUCUCUCCACCCUCCUCGUCCGCUUCCUCCUGCUGCCACCACCAAUCCUCGCCGCUCCUUCUUUGGACCAUCACCAUCACCAUCACCAGCAUCUGCAUCAUCCGUAGCAAUGCCAGCACCAUCUGCUCCCAUUCAACCUGCCAGCUCCCAGACUGCUCCCACUGUCCUGAGCGAGCCACCACCACUGCCACCCCUUCUGAGGACCCCCUCUGCCUCUCGCCCCCAAACCGCAUCGCCCACAGCAAAUUGGUCUCCGAACCGGCCCCCACCCAUCCCCACCGCACGAUCGUCCUCCCUGUCCCCUCCCUCACCCUCUAGAGCAGGGGUCUCAGUCCGUGCGUCUGUGCCACCAUCUGCCUCGGCCAAGCCUGCUCCCCAGUUGUCUUCAUCUCGCUUGCUGCCUGCUUCGCGUGCUUCCCCUGCCUCGCAUACAAAAGCAGCAGCAGCAGCAGCUGCUGCACCAGCUGCACCAGCACCAGCGCCACCAGCAGCAGCAGCACCACCAGAAGCACCUGUUGCAAGGUCGCCAGUCGCAGGGCUUCGAUGGGCUAAAGGCAGUUGGGAGAAGGCGAAGAAGCAGGAAGAACCUUUCUCUACAGCUCCUGGUUCUGCUGCUGCUGCUGCUGGUUCUGCUGCUGCUGCUGACGAUGAUGCAGGAAGAGCAGGCGGGGAGCCGCAGUGGGCUUUGCAGGGCAGCUUACAGCGCCAGGGCUCCAUUAGAAGACACGAGCCACGAAAGCCAUUGCAGGCUGAGAGGCGAGAGGCAGUGGGGCCUCAGCCGGAGCAGAGUCAACUCGGAAGCUAUGAGCUGGGGCUGGCUGGGGGGGCAGGGUUGGAAGGAAAGCAGGUUGAGGGUGCCACAAGCGGCGAUUCUUCAAAGGAGGCUGAGAGGGGUGUGGGAAGAGAGGAGAGGCAGAGGAGAGGUGAGGGCGGAGGGGGGUCUGGAAGGUCAGGCGGGUGGACGCACAGUGGGGGUUCUGACUGGAGUGGGGGAUCAGUUGCCGGAUCAGGUUCGGAGUCAGGUGGGGAAUCAGUAGGGAGAUCAGGCGUGCAAUCAGGUUGCAGUGGCAGGGUAGGAGCCCUUCUCUCUGCUGCCGCUGCUAAAAGACACUCCAUUUCUCCUGCUAAUGCAACUGCUUCUGCUGUUGCCACCACCACCACCACCACCACCACUACCGCCACUGCCGCUGCUGCUGCCCCCACUGCUCUCACCACCACUGCUCCUGCUGCCACCCCUACCACCGCCACCACCAUUGCCAGCAGCAGGGGCGGCGGCAUGAACCCAGUGGAGCUACUGACAGAAGAGAUGGCCAAAGCAGACACAGUGGGCAUCCUAGCAGCGUGCGAACUCCUACGCCACCUCUCCCGCCGCAGCACCCGCUGGCGCGAAUACAUCACCGUGGCUGGCGGCAUCCCACCGCUCCUCGCGCUCACACAGGCUCGGCAGCACCCAGACCUGGUUGAGAGCUCCAUUGCUGCGCUUCGGAAUGUCUCGAUACUGGAUGUGAACCAGCGGCUGCUGCAGGCGGCCGGCGCGGUUUGUCCUGUGGUGGAGUUGUUGGAGCAUGCAUGCGCGUGCAUGGUGUGGCAUGCCGGGGGCGGUGGGGGAAGUGUGGGGAGUGGUGGGGGGAGGGAGGGGAAUGUGAGUGUGAGUGUGAGUGGGAGUGGGAGUGGGGAAGGGGAUGGAGGGGAGAGUGGGGGGGAUGGCGAUGGUGAUGGUGGUGCAAGGAGAGGUGGGAGUGGGAACAGAGGGAUUGGAGAUCGUUUGAAUGAGAGGGCGAGAGGGAGGGAUAGGGAUUGGGAAGUGGUGGAGGGUUGUGGUAGUAGCUGCUUGCCUGUAAGAAAGCCACACAGGAAUGGGGUGAGUAGCAAAGGCGCCAGCACCAGCAACAACCACAACAACAGCAACAGCAGCAGCGGCAGCAACAACAACAACAACAGGAGCAGCAAGAGCAGGGCGUAUGAUUGCACACGAGGCAUUACAGAAGCAGCAUCGGCGCACGUGACCUUCAGCGAGGCUGCCAGUUUAACCAUCCAGGAGCACGCAGCAGCGGUGCUCUUCAGCCUCGCCAAGAGCAACGAGCUCAAGAAAGAGAUCGCCCGCCUGGGAGCCAUACCAUCUCUUGCCACUGUCUUCAUAUUCACCUGCCCGCCCUCCUCCUCCGCCUCCUCGACCCUCUCCUCCUCCACCUCCACCUCCUUCUCCUUCCAUCUCCAGCCAUCCCCUCCUCCCUCUCCCUCCUCCCUCCCCGCGCAUAUCAUCGCCCUUCGAGCGCUGUACUACCUCUCCAUCUACCGUCCCAGCAAACCGCUUAUAGUCGCCACAGGAAUCAUACCCCAUAUUGUGAACACCGUUUGCGAGCGCGACGACGUGAGGGCGACCCUGGUGGAAGACUGUGCCGUUCUACUGGCGUCCCUGGCAGCAGCAGACGAGGGCAGGCAGGCCAUUGUGACUGCCGGGGGGGUCGCAGGGUUAAGGAGAGUGCUGGAGGAAGGGUCGUGCCUUGCAAGGGAGGCUGCAGUGGUGGCGCUGCUGCUGGUGGCGAAGGGGAGGGAGUCGUGGAGGGAGGAGGUGGUGGGGUUGAGGGUGGAGGGGACUGUGGGGAGGAUGAUGGAGGGGCGAGGGCAGACAGAGCGAGGCAAGAGGAAGGCACGCGAGCUGCUGCUGCUCCUCACUGCAGAGCAGCAGAACCAGCAGAACCAGCAGAACCAGCAGAACCAGCAGCAGCCAGAGCACCAAGGGAAUGACGGUGUACAGCACCACGUGCACAGCGAUGAGUAUUAUCAUCAUCAGCAGCAGCAGCAGCAGCAGCAGGGUGAGCAACUAGAGCAAGAGCAGGGACAGAACACAGAAAACACACCACAAACACAGUACACAUCACACACACUGCACUCAGCCCCCCACACGCCCACACACAGGCAGGCGACUCUGCUGACUAGGGUGAGGGAGGAGGUGCGCAAUAGGAUUAGCCUGCACCAUCAUCUCACGCUCCAACCUGCUCCAGUUGGGUAGAUAAGUACCGGUAGAUACUCAACUACCUACUAUGGUUUGAGCUUGUGUUGUGUAUCGUAGUUUUCCCCUGCUGUGAUUUGACCUUGCUCAUUGUUCGGUUCGGCGAUGUUAUUCUCUUAGGGCGUACUCCUAAGAAGCUGGAUCCACCGAGCAGAGUACAGCGGUUCACAUGUCAAGAUGCCCAUGUUGGGAUUUCAUCUCAUCUGUAGCUGUUUUAGGAUCCA